UGCUAAUGAAACAAUGUUUCUUUCGAUAAAUGCCUACGAAACCGAACAUCACGGUAGACCCGAUUUAGCAGUGAUUUUUCAAGAAAUCAUCCUUCGUACCAAACAUCACCUUACUGAGAGACCAUCUUAGCUGGAUCAUCUGAAAGGCCAAACUAAAAUAAGGUCGAAAUCGCAGAACAUGAUGCGGCAUCGCCGAAAAUGAAAGCCGGACAUGCCUUGCUUUCGUCUACCAUCCACUCACGAAAUCCUACUCUCUCCAAUUCCAUCAGUUCCUUCUCUCCCCUGUUUCGUUCAAACAGUCUCUUCACUUACCCCUCUGCGUUGGGAGCCAAACGCGCUACCAGCAGCAGUACCAAUUAUAAACUCUCGAGGUCGAGGCUGAUCGCCAACGUGUCUCCAACAAUGGCGUCUGCUUACAAGCCUGAACAAGCUAGGGUUCCUCCUGCGCUUUCGUUGCCUGUCCCUCCUGUAACCAAGUUCAAGAUUGCUCUUUGUCAACUGCAAGUGACUGCUGAUAAGGAGAGGAACAUUGCUCAUGCUCGCAAAGCAAUUGAGGAGGCAGCAGAAAAGGGUGCUCAGCUUGUUCUCUUGCCUGAAAUAUGGAAUGGUCCAUAUUCAAAUGAUAGCUUUCCAAUAUAUGCGGAAGAUAUUGAUACUGGAGGUGAUGCAUCUCCUUCAACUGCAAUGUUAUCUGAGGUAGCUCACCGUCUCCAGAUCACAAUAGUUGGUGGCUCCAUACCAGAACGUUCUGGCGAUCGUUUAUACAAUACUUGCUGUGUUUUUGGCACGGAUGGGAAACUGAAGGCUAAACACAGAAAGAUCCAUCUUUUUGACAUUGAUAUCCCAGGGAAGAUUACAUUUAAGGAAUCAAACACUCUCACAGCAGGAGAGAACCCUACCAUCGUGGACACAGAUAUUGGGCGUCUUGGUAUAGGUAUUUGUUAUGACAUUCGAUUCCAAGAACUAGCAGUGUUAUAUGCAGCAAGAGGGGCUCACUUGUUAUGUUAUCCUGGAGCUUUUAACAUGACCACUGGUCCCUUGCAUUGGGAAUUGUUACAGAGGGCAAGGGCUGCAGAUAAUCAGUUGUAUGUUGCUACUUGUUCACCUGCUCGAGAUGUUGGUGCUGGUUAUGUUGCUUGGGGACACUCAACCCUUGUUGGACCAUUUGGAGAAGUACUUGCAACUACAGAACAUGAUGAAGCCAUUGUCAUAGCAGAAGUUGAUUAUUCAUUAAUUGAAGCCAGAAGAACAAGCCUUCCACUUGAGAGGCAAAAACGAGGUGAUCUGUACCAGUUGGUAGAUGUUGAGAGGCUGAAUUCACAAUCAACCAAGUAAACAAAAUUUUCAGCAAAUAAGGGAGUUAAAAGGAAGUACUAGAGUGGAGAAGGGUGGUUGAAACUUGAAAGGUAUUGAUUUCGACACAAGAACAGCUGUUGGGCUUCGUUAGAUUAGAAAUGCUGGGAAGUGGGAAAAACAGGUAGCUUAUGUAGAUCUUUCCUGAGUUCUAUCUCCUUGUUUACCUGUUUUUGUCGUCUAAGAUCCUGAUGACAUAAUACUGUUUCACAAGGUCACAAAGCUGUUUUUUGUUUUUUUGUUUUUUUAUUCUACCUUCUUAACAUAUUUGAAAUGUUUCAUUAAUAAAAUGAAAUACAUUAGUUAA